AUGGCACCCGAAAAGGCACCUGCCGAAAACAUGCUUUGGGGCGGCCGCUUCACAGGCGGUCUCGAUCCCCUCAUGCUCAAGUACAAUGCGAGCAUUGAGUACGACAAGCUUCUGUUCAAGGAAGACAUCCUCGGCAGCAUUGCAUUCGCCCGCGCAAACGCCAAGACGGGCGUCAUCUCCGACAGCGAGUUCAAAGAGAUCGAGAGAGGCCUCAAGGAAGUCCAGAAGGAGUGGGAGGCAGGUAGCUUUGUUAUCAUGCCCAACGACGAAGAUAUCCACACUGCCAACGAGCGCCGACUCGGUGAGAUUAUUGGCAAGGACAUUGCCGGCAAACUACACACAGGCCGCAGUCGCAAUGAGCAGGUUGUCUGCGAUAUGCGCAUGUGGCUUCGCAACCAGAUGCAGGAGCUUGAAGGCCACCUAGUUGCCUUUAUCGAGACGAUGGCCAAGCGCGCCGAGGCUGAGAAGUAA